AUGACUCUGACGAGCUUCUUGCGCAGCUCCAGGAGAGCUAGAAUGAUCUCGAAGGGAGUGGGGUUGUCUACUCUCUCGAAGGCAAAGAAAGUCUUGGCUCUUUGCGAUUGCUUCCAAGAUGAAGUCUUUGAGGCUGUCAUAGCUAGCGUGAGGAUCACUGCUAGUUCUUUCAUCCAUGCGGAGGGAUUGCUCAGGUCUGAGCUGACACGGAGGCCAAUUCAAGCUCAGUCGCAGCGAGCACCAAGUGAUCAGGAGCUCGUGGUAGAGGGCGAGGCCGUGGAUUUGCACACAUGCCAUUCCCUCAAGCAGCAAAAUGGGGGAGCCUGGUCGAGGUCGCGACCACAAACGUUUUCCUCCUGGACGAUCUUGCUAAUUGCGUAUGCCGUCUCUAUCGACUGGAGGUUGAUGCCCGUAGCUUUUGCAUUGGUCACAAUCGCCGCUGUGGAGCUCGACGCAAUGCCACCCGACGACCCAGCGGCGGCUGGGGCAUGGGUUGCUUUUGAUCCUGAGGCGACAAUCGGUGCCAAGCCGAUGAUCGAUGCCGAGGCAGUGAUUGCUGAUGUGGAGGCAAGGGGCACUCUCUUUGCCAGGAAAGGAAGCAGUCGAGUGUGGGCGAGCGUGAGCACUCACACACAGCUCACCGUUCGAGUUGAGGUCGAGUCUGACUGUCGUCUUCCAAAAUUUCGACCGGCAUAUCAACUUGUCAACGACGUGAAAAGCAUCAUCGAGUUAUAUUUCUCAAGGAGUGUCAUUGAUGUUUCUUUACUUGCUGCUAUAGCUGCUCUUUUAUCCUUGGGAGAUCAACGUCUUACUGAGACAAUCAUACAUGAUGUCCCAGUUGCCAUUACUUUCGGAUUUUUUACCUAUGGAGGGCCAGUUGUAGUAGAUCCAAGUAGACGCGAAGAAGCUCUCAUAACAGGGUCUUUGACACUGAUUGUGACACAAGCCGGAAAACUCCUUUUCCGGAAGAAAGAAGGGGUGGUGAAGUGGAGCGAACUACUUUGGCCUGUUUUACAGUCCAGGGUUGCGGAUGUUUCACUUCUGAAAGAAUGGGUUGAGAGGCAGGAAAGUCUCCAGAACUUCUACAAGACCAAGGAAAAGCCUUUUGCAGGGUUCAUAGGCGUACAGAAAACCUGGAAAUACACGCCCAAGAGAUUGACCACACCUCGUACCAAAAGCCAUAUCAGCCUGGGUAUAGCAGCUCGACAACUUCCUCUUCCACUCCCUUAUUGGGCGCGUGAGCGCAAUGAGUCGGCUGGUGAACAUGUGUCCAUUCGAAGGAUUGAUGCCCUCGCACUCCGUCGUCUCCAGCUGGAACAGCGACGAAGGGUGAGAGGUAGUUCUAAACUACUGAAAAUUACAAUAUGCUUUUCCAAUGGGAGAACUCCAGCUGGUGGACAAACGAGCCUGGGUUUUGAGUUUGCCCACCUGCUGGGUGCUUUCAUUGAGAGAGAUUACGUGGGGGACGCGUUAGUGACAUCAAGGUCACUUGUAGGGGACCUAGUCUGUUCAUGGGCACCCCUUCGGCCAAAAAAAGAACACCCCUGGGAUUUCUUACGACGUUUUGAGACAACAAUGAGAGAACACUAUCCGAAAGAAAGCAUUUUUCAGAGCUUAACCGACGCAAAACAUUGGUUGAAAAAAGAGGAGAAGUCUAUGAGGAAGGUACUUGAGAAAAGCAAGCGGACUUCAAAGCCAGGAGAUGACUUGCCUUUUGAGCUGUGCACACGGGAUGUAACAGUUAUUGGCUGUUACAUCCCUUUUGUCAUGGAGGAGCCAAAAGGAUAUGAUCCCCCAGGAGAAUGGGGAACUGAGGAGGAGGAAGAUAAGAGGGAGAAGGAACUACUAGCUUUGAUGUUUUAUCCAAAGCUAAAAGAUGAAAUUUUGACGACGAUGCUGGAGCCUGGUUUGAAGUUGUUUGAAGUUCACUUUGGCCAGAAGAUUGGGAACGGCUGGACUUGUUUCUACAAGAGGCGAGACACCCUGAACUGGGAGAAGAAGAAACACAAUGUUUGCAGUGUGUGA